UGCGCAGACGGGCGCGCGCAGGCGGUCAUGGGACUUCAGGAUGGCGGCGUUUGCGGAUUUAGACCUAAGAGCGAGUUCUGAUCUGAAGGCUUUGCGUGGAAUGGUGGAAACUGCCGCUCAUCUUGGUUAUUCAGUCGUUGCCAUCAAUCAUGUUGUUGACUUUAAGGAAAAGAAACAGGAAAUCGAAAAGCCAGUAGUGGUUUCUGAGCUUUUCACAACUUUGCCAAUUGUUCAGGGAAAAUCAAGACCAAUUAAAAUUUUAACUAGACUGACGAUUAUAGUUACAGAUCCAUCUCACUGCAAUGUUUUGAGGGCAACUUCUUCAAGAGUCCGGCUGUAUGAUAUCAUUGCAGUUUUUCCAAAGACAGAAAAACUUUUUCAUGAACACAAUCAAUACUUCAUUAUAUUAAUGGAAAGAAACACCACAAAUCAUCCAUGGAUACCUGGCAUGUUGUUGGUAGCUUCCUUUAUAAAAUGCAAAAUGAUAGCAGUUCUCAAGGAUUUUGUUUCAAUUAAAGAGGUUGCCUGCACACAUUUAGAUGUGGAUUUAGUCUGCGUUACUGUAACAGAGAAACUGCCGUUUUACUUUAAAAGACCCCCUGUUAAUGUGGCCAGAAGCUACAUGAGAAGUAUAGACAGAAGGCUGGGACUGUGGAGAGCCCCGGAAGCUGGAGCACACAGCAUUUGAACCAAAGCACUCUAUUUUUAAACUUGACAGGACUCGGCUCCGUAAUUUCAGUUAAGAAGUACCCACUAAAAUCCACAAACCUCUUUUGGAAUCUUAAGUAAUUUGUAUGAUAAUCGCAACACUUUCCUGUGUGCAUUUUAAAAAUUGGGUUAAAGUACUCUUACUGGAUUAUCAACUGGCUUCUUACUCUCUGGCAUUUUAUAGUUUAUACAUCUUCACAUGUAUCAUGACCCAGUGACUUUGGGGUACAAUGGUUGUUAAUAUCCCCAUGGAGAUAAUGGAACAGAGUCUGGGGACAGUUGGGGUUCAUGGUUAAACAUCUGUCAGAGAGCUGGCUGAGGGUUUGUACUCAGGCCUUGUUUCCAGGCCCGCUGUCGUUCCUGAUGGGGAGAUGCUGUGAAAGCUUUACAGCGGAGUUCUUCAUUAGGCACAGAAUAAUUUCAUAUUUUAAAAUAUGAACUUUAUGCAUUCAUGUUUUGAGAAGAAUUUUAAAGUGGCACAUAUCUUUACCUCUCCUUUGAUUUUUUUUAAUAUUAGUGUUGUUAAAUUGUUAGUGACUUCAAGUUUGAGUUAUUUUUAGUGAUCAUUUAUUUUACACUCUCUCUGAAGUUUUCCCCUUAACUCUUCUUUUAACCAUAAGCCAUUUCUAUUUUUAUGAUCUAGUUGGUCCAUACUGAGAAAUAUCUAGUGUAUAGUGUCAUAUAAACAAUGGAAUAGUUCCAGGAAUCAUGCCAUAUAUUCUUGAUUUAGGCAUGAAUACUCUAUAAAGUUUAGCACAUACUGUAAACCUAAAUGUGUUAAGUGCUUCACCUACCCAGUACUUACAUCAUUGCUGGCAAACAGGACAAGUAGAUUUUAAAAAAAGAAAAGAAAAA